UGAAGCGCGAGGCGGCCAGGAAGAGGCGGACGACGAAGGCGAAGAGACGGAGACGGAAGGCGACGGCGCGACGGCCUCGAUGAUCGUCGUGGACCCUCCCACGGACUCGACAACGAAGCAGUCCAACACAGAGCAGCCGACUCCUCACGCGGACCAGACUCAAAGCGAAACUCUAUCAUCAACAAACGAAACCCUCCGACAGAGAAAACCCGCGCCCUCAGAGAGCGUCCGGAGCGAGCAGAGCCAGUCCUCCCUCCACAGUGCGAAUUCCCUCCACGAAGCAGGCAGCACCGAUUCGGAAUGGGAGAAGGUCGACGACAAGGACGCAGCGGCGGGGGUCCAGCAGCGAAGAGCAUGAUUUGAACGAAACCGAUUAAUUUACCGUUAUUUGUUUUGCUUUUUUUUCUCUCUCUGGGUGGAUUUCAUAUGGGGAAAAGAAAUGUUCCUCAAAAUGGCGCCUGGCCAUCAUCAUCAUCAUCAUCAUGUGUGUGUGGAUAACACCAAGAGAGGAGGGAGAAGGAAAGAAAGAAAGAAAGAAAGGAGAGACAGAGGAGAGGUCUACAGGAAAAUCCGUCAUGAUAUCCCCUCCCACCUUACUAGGUACAUAUACAAAUGCAUUGUGUCGCUCUCCUCUCGCGUCUGGCAACGGACCGUUUCAUCUUCCCUCUUCUCCUUCUUCCUCUUCUCUCUUUCUCUCUUUGUUUCCUCUCGCAACGGCGUGCAAACUGGAAAGCAGUCGCCGAAUCUCCUAGCGGAGGGUCAACGACCAUCGGAUGGAAAACGUGCACCUGGUCGGGACGAGUCCAUGGAAAAACAUCAUGUGAGAGGGAGAGCUCCGUCGGGAUGGUCUCUCUGCCUCACUCUCUCUCUCUCUCACUCACUCACACACUCACUUACUCACUCAAAGAAAAGGAGCCGGAAAACGGGAAGUGAUGGAACAGAACAUGGAUGCAGAUUUCUCCCCAAUUUCGACGAUCGAUCGGAAAACGGAAAACAAAAAUACAUUUCCCCGUCCGGUCAAGAGGAGAGGAAGAAGAAGAAGAAGACGAGGACGAAGAACGGACAUGAUAAACAACAUGGACAGGUCUACGGGAAGUAGCGAAAAAAAGGAAGAAGAAAUAUCCUCUCCGACAUUUCCGCCGCCCGGGGCACAGAGCAC